AUGGUACAAGAAAUGUACCGAAUGGCACUGCAUUGUCUGCUGCAAGACAGAUUGAGCCUCUCAGAGGAGGACGUGGAGCGGCUGGAGAAACGCUGCAAGGAAGAGGACCUGCCGGAUCAAGAAGUCUUGGGAGCGUUCUUCACUCUGCAGUUGUCUGUCAACAACAGUGUACGUGAAGAACACUACUCGCUGCCCCACAAAGGACUGCUGGAGUACUUUGCCGCACGACAUAUCAUGCAGCGCCUUCAGGAUGGGUCCCUUCCUCCAUCAGGGGCUGUCAGGAGCCUGCUUCAAACCGUCAGUCAGCAAGGGACAUUUCAUGGUCUGCGUAACCUUUUCUUCCACGUGGCGGGCCUGUUGGCCAGAGAAGAGGUACCAAAUCGCACUGAGGCAAAAAAGGAAGUAAUAGAGCUGGUGGCGAUGACUGGCUUAGAGUGGGAUGGACCAAUACCACUGGUAGAUGAGAGGAAAGAAAAGUUGUAUGAAUGUGUUCUAAGGUGGGAGGAAUGUCUGUCACUAGUGGAACACACGGAUUAUGAUGAAGGCUUCCUGCAGGCCAUCGCUCACCACGUCACAGUAAACCCUCCUGGUGGCACGGUAUGGAUAAAAGAUAAUAUGUUGGCCAGCGCUGCGGCACUGCUCCCCCGUACUUCACCACCAACAACAGUGGAAUUAUGGCUGUACAACGAAAGUGUGAAUGUGGAGAAUGUUCGUGCCUUGAGUCAUUACCAUUGCAGUGAGUUGAGGCUACACCACCAUUACCAGCACCCCGGCAACACACCUGCCUCACAUGCCAUGCUGCACACCAUACGCAGGAGCCGCCUUGAGGUGUUUGUUGGUCAACUGAGUGCUGAUUGCCUGACACUGCUCCCUGAAUGCCUUGAGGUGCUACACCUGGCUGUAUCCAGUGAUGAGCACGCUACCCGCCUCACCGCAGCACUCUCCCGAGCCGUCUCAUCUCUGCCUAACCUGUCCGAACUUAUAAUACACGUCCCCAUGUCGAUGGUAACAUCAGCGGCGGUUCUGUCACCACUGCCUGAUACCUAUGUGUCCCUGGUCUUGUCUGGUGUGGACCAAAAUCUGGUGAAGGAAGCGUGUGAUGUGGCCGCAGCUCUCCAGCCUAGAACGGGAUAUUGUGACAUUGGGUUCCCCCUGGCCAGGAUGGAGGCGGCAGGGUGGCGGCGCCUCCUCCACCUGAUGGUCACGAUGAGGACAGAGAAGGCGGAUUGGUUGCAAGGAGGUUUUAUGAUACCUGAGGAAAGCAUUACAGAGGAGGAGUGGUCGGAGUUCACCAAACUCACUCGCACUUUAUGGGGGUGUCGGGUGUACAGAUUUACCUGUGACGUCUGUGACAAGAUGUUUUUGAACAAGGUAGACGCAGAUCUGUGCUACAAAAAUCAUUUGGACAUGUGCAUCCAGCCUCUGCCGCGUGUACCAGGGCCGUCACAAAAUAUUUCCUGCAGAAAUUAAAUGUGUAAUGUUUUAUUUGAGCCUUGCCUUCAAUUAUCCCAUUCCCAUAAUAAUAUCUUUAUAUUACGGUGGAAUGAGGCUAUAUAUUAUAUAUCUCAGCUUGGCGUGAUCCUGCAACUAAAGAUUACAAUAGUUUUUCCGGCGAGCGACGAAGGAGAUUCGUCUGGCAGUACCACUAUCGUUUUCAGUGGAAGCGUUCGCUUAUUUGGACAAACGCUUCUGGACCGUUCGCCUUCCACAAAGUGCUACUGAAAACGCCUUAAGUGUGUGUGUGUGUGUGUGUGUUUACCCUUGGC